CGCUAAAUUUGUUCGUAAAUUGUUGUAAAAAUCAACAUGGCAGCUGUUUCGUUGCAAGAUCGGGGAUGGUAUUUGUCAGAUGAAGGCAUAUCGCAGUGUUCACAGAAUGGCAAAUCAGAUCCGGAGUCAAUUAUCCGUUCUGCUCUUAAUGUAGACUUAAGAGACAUUGGAAAGAAAUGGCUGCCAGAAGAAGUCAACAGAGGGAAAGCUGACUGUGUCCAGGGCCCAGGCGUGCUCCAGCUACAGAAGAUCCGGAAUGUGUCAGCGCCCAAAGACAACGAGGAGUCACAGGGGGCCCCCAGGCUCAUGAAACUCAGCCUCACCGACGGGCACAUCACAUGCUCCGCUGUCGAGACUGAAAUACUCAAUGGAAUAAGCCUGAGUACCCCUCCUGGCACCAAAAUACAGCUGACAAUGACGGUGGACGUUGAGCACGGCUUUCUGUUGCUCAAUAACAAGAACAGCAAGAGUCUGGGAGGACGUGUUGAUAAGCUGGCAGAGGGCUGGGAACUUAAAAGGAAACUCGCCAAACAAGCUAGAGUGGCAAAUGCUGAGGGUGGGCCUCCACCAUUUGUUCCUUUUGGACAGCGAAUAUCAAAUGAAAGCACUAAACAGAUGUCUAAAAGGGACAAUUUCAAGUCGCUGGAGACUCUGAAGUCAGAGCGUGUGCGGGCAGAGGAGGAUGAGUUUGAGCAGCAGAGGCAGGCCACCAUUGCAGAGGCCCAGCAGGCCAAGCAGGAGGGGGCCGGCAAGAAGUUUGGAGGAGGGAACAAGGUAUCAGACGAUGAUGUAGCAAGAAUCAUUGACAUGGGGUUUAAUGCAGAAAGUGCUGUGGCAGCUCUUAAACAGAAAAACGGGGAUGUUGAAAUGGCCCUGGAGUCACUUCUAUCUGGGGAGCCACCUCGGGGCAUAGGGCGGGGUUCCAACAGGCAAUCUGGCUUUGAUUCUGACAGGGGUGGCAGAGGGGGACGCGGUGGACGUAGGGAAAGAAAGGACGAGGGCAAUGCAGGUCGUGGAAGGCGUGGCCGGGAGGAGGAUGAGGAGGUGUCAGAGUUGAACAGCAAACCUUCAGCCCCUGCGAGUCUCUUUGACUUCCUUAAGGAAAAAAUACCGGAAUCAAAGAAGGAAGCUAGAUCAUCAAGCAGCAGAAAUAACACAAAUGCACAAUCAGAUGCUGGCUACAGAGACAAGGCGGAUCAUACAGAGUCAACAUAUAGAUCUAAAGAGAUCGAGGAUGCUUCAGUACCACCACGGUUUUCACAGAAACCUCGCCAACAGAACAACAGCCAAUUUAAUACAAACAAUGGCCCCCCAAACAACAGAAAUGAUAGAAAUGACAGUCAAAGACCGAGAACUGCACACACAGAUAGUCAAAACAAUAAAAGAACAAAUGACAGAAACUUUAAUGAUAAGUCAUAUUCUGAUCGAAAUGAAAACAGGAGGCAAGAUGAAGACCGAUAUAGAAGAAACCGAGACAGUGAAAGUCAGGAUGUGAGACGAAAUCAAAACAGUGGGAAGAGAGAUAAUGAUGACAACCGUCCAGACAGCAAACAGGCUAACAGGGAGAACACGAGUGACACAAAGCUGACUGACAGAUAUCAAAGGACAGAGAGCAACCAGUCCACCACGUCUAAUGCUCCAGGUGCCAAAACUAAUAAGGGCAGGUCUCAAAACUCUAGUCAGGCUAGUUCAAGAGGAAAAAAUGAGGAGAAAAAUAUCAGUGCCUCUGCUGAAACAUCCCGUAAUCAGACACAGAAGCAGUCCCAAGGUGACAGCAGGCAGAAAUCAAAACCAAAGGAUAAUUACAAAGGUAGCAACCGGUCUGACAAUAGUGCUAAUGGACAGAAUAGGGUGAAUAGCUCCCAGUCCAAUGCAAAUGGCAACAGCAGCUAUGGCCAGGACUCGCAUGCCCCGGCUGGUGCAUACAACGACUACAGUCACAAGCAGGGCAGUAGGAUGUCUGCCUCCCAGUAUCCUCCCAACUUUGCGUACACAGACAUGGUCCAGUUGCCAGGGUCAGGCUUCCCCAUGUCCUUGAAGCAGGGGGACAGAGUGAUGGCCCGCUACUGGGAGGAUGGUCUUUUCUACGAAGCCCAGAUAGCUCAGCUGCCCCCCAACCUCUCUACCUGCGUGGUGACUUUCACAGAGUACGGCAACACAGAGGAAGUGCUACUCCAGGAUGUACGACCACAUCUACCACAAAUGAUGCCAGUGGUUAGUGGAGCUGUUCUGCAGCCUGACAUGAGCAUGCCGCCGCCCCAGAUGUACAGGGGGUAUUAUUCGGGUCCCCCUCAGAUGUCCCAGUCCGGGAUGGAUGAGCUGGUACAGGGCAUGGCGGGCCUCGAGUUCCGGCGGGGAGGGGGCGGGCAGGGCUACCCUCGCAGGGAAAACCCUCGCCAACAACAGUACUACCAGCCACCCGCACAGCGCAGAUAGCUGGGGCGGGAACCUCGCCAGCAACAGUAGUAACCAGCCACCAGCACAGAUAGCUGGGGCCGGAAAGUGUGGAGAGCAUAUUAAGAGGGGGGUCAAAUGUUUUUAGAACUUAAUCUGUGGUUUUUAAAAUUCAAAGCUUAUAAAGAAUGGGGAUGCAAUAGAGAUCUGGAACUUGACAUUUUUGUUAUUGCAAUGAAUGCUUAAUGAAGCAUGACAUGCAUUAGUUGUGUAUUAUUUAGCGAUGAUAUAAUUAUUCAAAUACUUUUUGGCAUGCAAUUCCAUCCCUGGUAUUUUUGUAGAAAGUAUUGUGCUGGAAUAUUAGAAUAAGGAUGUGUAUGAGGUAGCUGUGUAGUAAGAAACAUGGUGCAUACUUACACAAUGUCACUGUGUUUAAUAAUGUCCGUCUUAAUUCAGAAUAUGCACUGGUUAUCCAAGUUAAGAUAACGCUAGGAUGUUGAAAUGAAUAAAAAAAAUGACGACUUCUAAUUUUUAUAAAAAUAACCAUGGUAAAACCUUAAUUUUUACAAAGCCUUCGACAUCAGGGGUGUGUUUUUUCCUCCUUCCAGCUGAUAUCCUACCUAUAAAUGACUAUUUUUUAUAAAUAAUUAUUGACUGCUUUAUAAUAAUUUACAAAUCAAGAGUUUAGUUUAACCCUGUCAGGGGGUGGGGCAUUUCCUUCCCGAAGGUGGCUCUUACAUCUCCCCUCGGAAUAUGUAUUGCCAUGAAUCUUGUAGGUUGUUGAAAAGUAUGUAAAUAUAUAUUUCACACAUAUAAUGGUUGUAUAUAUGUUUACAAUUUGAAAUGAUUUGUGAUGAUGUAUAGAAUGUCUAUGCAAUUAGAAAGCUGUACAUAAAAUAAAGUAUAUGUAUUACACCUA